AUGUUUGCAAAACGUAAAUACAGCUCCCUCUUUGCCGACUUCGGCUACGAGCAACAGGAAAAUGCGGCUGCCGGCGCUGGGACUAGCGCCCAGCAACAGUGCCAGCCGAAGUCACCAUUGGUCGAGUCCUCACAGCGUCAAAACAUUUCCUCCAUGUUCGUAAACUCAAGGCAAAAGCUGAACAGUUCAGUGGCAAUAGGCAGCAGUCCGAGACCAUCGCAUUGGAACACCAUGCAGUCCACAUGUUUGGAGUUAUUGAACAUCAGUUGCCCGACAAACCCUUGUAGGGCAAAAGCCUUGCCAAUCUGCUGGUCAAACAACUCCACUAGGCCCGCCAGCAUACAAAGGGAGAGUAGAGCGUCGCCUCGAAAGAUAUCUGAACUUUGGAGCGAAUUAAACGAGCAGUUGGAUGGUUCGACCCACGCAGACGCAUCCGAUGACAGCUACAUUGAUUCCCCGCCAGCAACACAACUAGCGCCGGAACAAACCCAAGUUGAAUACCUGCCAGCUGGCAGCUGCAAGAAGGCGGCCGAUCCUCGGCGCAUGCCGCGUUGUGUUAAAGGAGGCUACGUGGCGGAGUUCAGGGCAACGAUGAAGCGAGUUCGCAUGAACCAGCGCCAUCCAAAAACCACAGAUACCAGCCACACUGUCCGCGUGCUGGACAUCUCUACAGAGUGUGGCGUUCAUAUGGCCCGAAUGCAGUACGUGUCGGCUCCAGGCUAG